AUGGAAGCCAUGUUAGGGCAGUCUAGACGAGGUGUAAAUCCAAGAUCAGGACAGGUGACAGUACAGACACAACCUCCAUUAGCUGAACAGGAAACAAAUCCAACAUCAGCUCCAAAUCAUCUUGUAUUCUUAGAGAAGGCAGAAUGUGUGCGUUCCUUCAGUGCUGAACUGGAAGAUGAUAGAAGAGGAAUACUCAUAACUGGGUUAGCCACAGAUAAGGAACACAUGUUUGUUGUGGAUAGAGAAAACAACAGAAUAUUCACACAUGAAGGACAAUUUAAGUUUGACAUUAAAGUAAACAAACCAUUUGAUGUGGCUGUGUCACAGACUGGUCACCUGUAUAUAACAUCACCAGAUGACAGAUGUGUCCAAGUGUACUCCACCAGAGGUCAGCAGGUGACAACCAUGGGUCAGGGUCUACUGGGGUUUCCACAGGUGAACAGUGUGAAUGAUAACAUUGUGAUAUCAGACAUGUUUGGACACUGUGUACAUGUGCUGUCACCUACUGGUGAUCAUCUGUACCAGUAUGACGGCAGCAGAGAAGGCAGUGAACUGAGGUAUCCACAUGGAGUGUGCACAGACAGCUAUGGUCACAUCUUCAUUGCUGACUGGGAUAACACCAGGAUAGUGGCACUGAGUCCACAGGGACAGUUUAUCAGAUACAUUGUCACUAAGGAUGAUGGGUUGAAGUUUCCCUGGGCAGUAGUCAUCAACCCUGCAGGUCAACUGGUGGUGGCAGAGGUGAGGGGCAAUGUUAAGACAUUCAAGUAUACUGAACUGAAACAAGGUGAGUAA